AAACCCACAUUGUUGCUAUCAUUGCUGAACAGACGUCAGACUGCGCACUGACCGAUUUUUCACGACCACGUGUAUAAUAUAUAAUAAUUGUGUGUUAUAAUAAUUUAUUCUGCGUGCACGCUCCUAUGAUGUGAAUAUUGCUUGACAAAAUCAAACGACAACUAUACGGUAACGUCAGUAAUAACUACAGUAGCAGUGACAAAAGGCAACAGUAAAUUUUUAAGCCAAGUUCAACUAACUGUACAGCCUGUCAAACCGCGGUAUAUACCUGCUGAAUCGGCAUUUCGCGUAAGCUGGACUCCCUGAGGCUGCAAGUGACAUAAUAUCCAAACAAUCGAGAUCACCUAAAUCCACCGUCGACGAGACUUCGUCGCUUAUAAUGAUUGAGAGCGGUAACAUGGCCAAAGAGAAAUGGAAGUCAGAUUGUGUAAAUAUUCGGUCAAAUGGCAGAACCGAACAGAUGAAAAGAGAAAAUGCCGAGCACAGGCUUAGCAUAUUGUCCAUAGUCUAUAAUCCAACUGCUCAUCCGACUUCUUAUUCGGAUACACUGGUAAACAUGUUGAAAGGAAACAUUGGAUGUGGAAUUUUAGCUAUGGGAGACGCAUUUAAAAACGGAGGAUUAUUUUUGUCACCAGUUUUGACAUUUAUCAUUGGAAUCAUUUGUGUUUACAAUCAACACGUAUUAGUGCAGUGUUCAAAAAGUGUUAAACAAAAACUUAAAUUACAACAUAAUCCACAAUUUGCCGAGACAGUAGAAUUAUCUUUUCAAACUGGACCACAGCGAUUUCAAAGUUACUCAGUUUUUUUUCGGAAUAGUGUGAAUAGUUUUAUAGUCAUCACUCAGUUGGGAUUUUGUUGUGUUUAUAUUCUUUUUGUAUCAAAAUCUAUUCAGCAGAUGUUGAGCUGGUAUAACAUACAAUUAGACGUACACGUCAGUAUAUUAAUAUCGAUGGUGCCCAUAAUGAUUUCAUCGCUCAUCAGAAGUUUAAAAUUCAUCGCCCGGUUGUCUGCAAUAGCAAAUAUGUGUAUGCUUGUGGGCCUGAUUGUAAUUCUGUACUAUUGUACCAUUGAUUUACCGCCAUUGUCUUCAAGAUCCGCCAUUGCUCAUUGGACGACAAUACCUCUAUAUUUCGGCACCAGCAUUUUUUCAUUCGAAGGAAUUAGUUUGGUCUUACCGCUAGAGCAAGAAAUGAAAAAGCCAAAACAGUUUUCUACUGCGUUCGGAGUGCUAAACGUGGGCAUGGUUAUCGUAACGAGUCUCAUAGUCCUUACCGGUUUUAUGGGGUAUUGGAGAUUUGGAGACGCAGUGCGAGGCAGCCUCACUUUAAACUUACCAGAAGAAUUUUUGUUGUCUAAAGUCGUCAUUUCGAGUAUGAUGUUCGGUAUCAUAUGCACUUAUACAUUGCAGUUCUACGUACCAGUGGAAAUCUUGUGGCCGAAAGUCGAGCAAAGAUUCGGACCUUUCAGAUCACCUUUACUGUGGGAUACGGGUUUACGUGUAGUACUGGUGCUCAUUACAUUCAUCGCUGCUGACGUGAUACCACACCUGAGCUUGUUCAUAUCGAUGAUGGGUGCCGUGGCCAGCACGUUUUUGGCGCUGAUAUUCCCGCCACUGUGCCACAUGGUCGUUACCAGCGCCGACGACGGCGGCAACGGCUACGGCUUGUUCAACUGGCGGUUGGCGAUGAACUGCGUGACGCUGGUGUUGGGCGCCCUCGGAUUCGUUACCGGUACGUACGCGAGUGUCUACGAGAUAUUUGGCGCGUUCCAGAAAGUGGCGGUCGCCGCCGCCGUCACCAACACCACCGGCAAUAACUACACCGCACCGGGAGUGCACUGACCGUCCACCCACGCAUCAUCGGCGGCGUCGUGCGACACGUCAUCGUCGUUAUCGCGCACACUACGUUACCGUCGACAUUAUCGCGCUCGCCCACUCGCGUAUAUAACUCACCCACCCGGACCCUACGAAUCGCCAUACCUCGUGCGGAAGCUCAAAUAUUAUAAUAUAAUAUGUUUAAGCUUCGUAUUAAACCGCACGCGCGUAUAAUAAUAAUAAUAAUAAUGUCAUACAAGUUAGUGUCUAAUAAUAAUUAUUAUACCUACGGUACGAUACGUGAAUAUAUUUAAUAUGAUACAUUUUAUUAUAUUGCAAUUUAUAAUAUAACUUAUAUUCUACAAUGUACCAAAUAUUGAAAUCCAGGGUUGGCUUGUUUGCCAAACAAAAUCGUAUUGGACAUGUUCCGUAAAAAAAACCAUUUAUUUUCAAUCGAACGUUUUAAAACGAGUAUAAACAUUGUCCAUAUAGGGUAAUUAAAAAACACUAUGAACACUA